GGAAGAACUCGGGCGAUCGCUCCAUGUCUGCCGCGCUGCAGCACCGCAGGGUGUCCGGGUCGUUCGAGAAGCUGCAGGCGGAAAAGCUGCACUCGAACGUGGUGAACCGCCGCAGUCCCGUGAUGGCUCGACGCCCGCGCGAGCACCAGGCUGCGGCUGUUGCCAACGCCGUGGAAGCUGACAAGAGCAUGGGGCUGCUGCCAUCACUUGGGGUCGGCGUCGCUGUCGCCGGCUCCAUGUUCGUCGUGAGCUAUGCGGCGGUGCUGUCGGCGAUGGCCGACGCGGCCUGAAAAGGUGGCACGUCCAGCGGGCAGCUACCAACAAGAACAAGGAAAAAAAGAAUGUCUGUUCGCCAGUCAAUUUACGUUUAAUACCAACACGAAGCUGUGAUGC